GCAAACGGAGAUGACAAGGUUGCGGAGGACUCGCAGAUGGAUGAAGGAGAAGAUGAGCAGGACGACCCAGCAAACGGAGAUGACAAGGUUGCGGAGGACUCGCAGAUGGAUGAAGGAGAAGAUGAGCAGGAUGACACAGCUAUGGAAGUUGACGAGGAAGCCGAGGAGUCACAGACCGGAGACUCUGCUAGUGGUAUACAUCAAGAUGACAUGUCUAUAGAUGAUCGGUACCCAGCACAACAAGAAACCGAGCCAACGUCUGCCAAAGGCAAGGGAAAGAGAAAGAAUCCUGAACCCGAAGAAGACAUUGUAGAUCCCCGGAGGUCAACUAGGCUUUCAAACCUACCUCCCCCCAAUUAUCCCCCAGAAAAGGAGAGCAGGAAACGUCCCAAACCAGUACACCAAAAGCAUAAACAACCACCACCAGUCAAAGGCAGCUCAGGUGUCCAGACCGCUUCCGAACCCCAUAAGUCACAGGUUGGGGAUAAGGAAGUACAUCUUCUAGGGCAAAUACAGCAACCCACACUGGGCAAUUUGGAUGAAAAGUUUUCUCCUUUCACGGACCGUAAGCUUCUGCAUAGUGAAGAGCUCGUUUUCCCUGACCAUCUUUUCAAAAAUACACUCAAAAUGAAAUACAAGGCAUAUGAUACCCUCCCUUUCCAGGACAUCAUGAACGUCUUGAAGAUGAUCAAGAGGACUGCAGAUUCAGAUGGUCGCGCUGUCCAACAGGGACCCACCCGGAGGUUUCCCAUACAUGAGGUUCAGGCUAAAGAAUGGAACUCUUCACACCUGUAUCCGGAAUCAAGGAAACAAUAUCUCCUUCACCAGAACCAUAUCCUCAUCAGGAACUGCGAGCCUCCUGAUCAAAGUGAAUUAGGAUUCAAUGACUCUACAUUUGCAGAGCACAUUGGUGACCUUAAUGAAAUGCGCACUCUUCAUGAUUCCUCUGUCGUCCCAGACCGCACACAGGCUGGCAAAAUUGAACCUAGUCUUGCUCAUAUGCCUGGAACCUUUGUUGACAUUAUACAAGCUGCUGCAACACCGAAUGGAAAAAUUCUCAACUGUCUAGACAUCCCUCUAUCCCCAGAUGUAUUUCCCCCUCCACGCGGAAUAGCAACUGACAGCGUCGCAGGUCAGUUUCUCAAAAAGUCGUUCUACUACUGUAAGCGCUGGGCUCUUGCAGCAACCUCAUUCGCUGUUCAUACUUCCCACGUCGAUGUGUCUGGAUUUCUCACCUAUGUCCGGGUACUUGUUGGGGCCAAAUACUGGAUUAUUGGUGUACCAAAAAGAGUUGAGGAUCUAGGCAACACAAGUGCAUUUGGUAAGGGGUACCAACUGGAUAUGAGCAACGAUCAGGACUGGGAUAUAUAUGGAAUUAUCCUCCGUCCUGGUGAUACUUUCAUUAUGAAACCCUGCACCCCCCAUUAUGUUCUCACAUUGGAGAAUACCUUGUGCCAGGGUGGACAUUUCUACUCAUCCCAGACCUUCCUUGAAACUGGGUUUACAAUCUUCCACACCAUUGUUGCUGCUGACUAUCUGACAAACAAGCCGGAUGCCGAGUCACGGACCGAUAUUCAUAUCAUAUUAGAAUAUGUUCGGAAAAAGAUCAUUCUAUUUGAACCAGAAUACCUAGCCCUCCUACAAAAAGCUGGAUCCCAGAAAACUGAUUCAGGCUCUCAUGUCAUCCCUCAUCUUCCCAAUUUCAGCAUACUGGAGGAUAUUGUUGGUUUCUUUAUGCUUCACAACAUUGCCCUUCUUGGUCCUGUCCUGGAUUAUCGCCUAUACUCUGAAUAUGAAGCAGGAACCCAAGACAUUACAGAAUCCAUCUCCCCUUACCAGCGUGAUGGUUAUAUACAGGCUAAAGCAGACGCGUUGGUCAUUGCAGAAUGGGUUUAUUCCCACUUUGACAUCAGUUUGACUGGAAAGACUACAGGAGGCGCAGGACUUCGGAGUUUGAUGGAGGAUUGGGUGGUCACUCAAUGCAAGGCCCUGAUACUGCACAAGCUCAAUGCUGACAGCCAAAUGGUGAAAGGAGAGACCGAGGCAAUCACCCCGAAUCGGUUGAGGAAGGCGAUUGAGAAGCAGAUGGCGGGCCUGCCAUGGUUUGUUGAAAAAUGGCCAAAGUGGAAUAAUUCAAAAGACAUUAAGAGCUGGACAAAGGAUUGGAGCUCAGACCACAUGAGCUAUGCAUGGCCCUCUGCUCCCCAGGACUCACAUUUUGUAGUGAAAAAGUUGUAUUAGUUAACAUCUAACUAUAGAUUGCUUGUAUAAACCAAUCUGUUUGAAUGGUAUUUUGUUGUCCCUGGC